GAGAGGGGGGCUCUCCCUCCGUGGGAUUUGCAUGAAUCUGGUGGAUUUAGCUCAGCCUUUCCUACACUGAGUUAAAUCCUGUCCUUAGUUUAACACCUUUGAACAAAAUCAGCCUGCUCUAAAACCAUAUUUCUUUAUUUUUGUUUUUUUUUUUUGUUUUUUUUUUUUUUAAAUUUUUAAACUCCAGCUUUUGCAAAUAGCCUGCAGGGGACAUGACGUACUUGCGCAGUGACUUCUGCGCUGUCGGGGCUUUUGCUCAGGCUGAGAAGCGUCUCCGGGGCAGGGUGGGAAGGGCGCAGGGAAAGUGGGACCUCGGUGCAAAUCUCAGGCCAGCGUUCCCACUGCCUGCAAAACGCUGCGUGUCCUCCGCCGGCUCUGUCUGCUCUAGCUCCCCACGGUCACCCAUGGAGUACGUCAGCACGCGGGGAGGUGCGGGGGCCGUCGACUUCGAGGGAGCCCUCUUCUCCGGCUACGCACCCGACGGGGGCCUCUUCGUGCCCCAGCGCAUCCCCUCGCUGGACCGGGACACCCUUCGGAGGUGGAGCCGCCUUCCCUACCGGGAGCUGGUGAAGGAGCUGUGCUCCCUCUUCGUCACGGCUGAGCUGGUCCCGCGGAGCACGCUCAACGACCUGAUUGACAGGGCCUUCAGCAGGUUCAGACACAAGGACGUCGUCCAUCUGUCCAGGCUGAAAGAUGGGCUGAAUGUUUUGGAGCUCUGGCACGGGGUUACUUACGCAUUUAAGGAUCUGUCCUUGUCCUGCACAGGACAGUUUUUACAGUACUUCUUGGAGAAAAAAAAGCAGCACGUCAGUAUUCUGGUGGGGACUUCUGGGGACACGGGGAGCUCGGCCAUCGAAAGUGUGAGAGGGCAGAAGAACGUGGACAUCUUUGUUGUGCUGCCCAAGGGGUUCUGCACCCAGAUACAGGAACUUCAGAUGACCACUGUCAUUGAAGACAACGUCCACGUCUUUGCUGCUCAUGGGAACAGCGAUGAAAUCGAUGAGCCCAUCAAGGAACUGUUCACUGAUGUUGAUUUUGCCAGAAAAUACAAUCUGAUGAGCUUGAAUUCGGUCAAUUGGUCUAGGAUUAUGGUGCAGAUUGCUCACCACUUCUAUGCUUACUUUCAGUGCGCCCCAUCCCUGGAUACCACCCCACUGCCAAUGGUGGAAAUUGUUGUGCCAACAGGAGGAGGAGGAAAUAUCACAGCUGGCUGUAUUGCCCAGAAAAUGGGUCUCCCGAUUCAACUUGUUGCCGUGGUUAACAGCAAUGACAUCAUUCAUAGGACUGUUCAACAUGGAGAUUUCUCACUGUCAGAGAGCGUGAAGGCUACAUUAGCAUCAGCCAUGGAUAUUCAGGAACCUUACAACAUGGAGAGGAUCCUCUGGCUGCUCUUGGGCUCCGACAGCCGCCUGACGAAAAUGCUGAUGGAGCGAUUCAGCGUGUCGAAAAGCCUUAAGCUGCCGGAGGAUUUGCACAGAAAGCUGUCUGAGACCCUACGCUCAUGCUCAGCCUCCGACGAGGACAUCGUGCGAGCCGUGCAGCGCUGCUGGGAGGAAAACCGCUACCUGCUGUGUCCCCACUCUGCCGUGGCUGCUCACUACCACUACUCGCAGCCGAAUAGCAUGCCCCGGUGUUGCUUAGCUCCAGCCUCCGCAGCCAAAUUUCAGGACGCCCUGCUCCGAGCUGGCCUGGUUCCCCAGCUCCCCCCUGAAAUCACUGCCUUAACGGCGAUGGAGACCAGGUCCACCCCCCUGGAGCGGGGACAGGACUGGGCACAGGCACUCCGGGAGCAGAUCGAAGCCGUGGCACGGCGGCGGGGGAUUGCUGGGCAGGGAGUCACGCAGACCUGAGCUACUGGGGCACAGCUGGCCGAUGCUUUUCCAUUCCCAGGAGAGCCCAGUGUUACGUUGGGAGAAGAGCCUCUGCUCUCCAUGCAAUGAGUUAUUAGCAAGAACACACUUCGCUGUUGAAUUAUAUAGACGAUUUCAUAACAUUUUCAGUAAAGAGCUCUGCAAUUGUAUCCCCUUCUUCCUAGUAAUUCAUAAAAACUGAUUGAAACCCUGAAUAAACCCGCCUGUUCCAUCAUUACUAGCUAUUACAGAAAGCUCCCUUAGCACUACCCGCAGACACCAGCUUCCUGAGCAUUAUCCAGCAAUUCUGGCCCCGUGCUGGGAUGUUCAGCCC